AUGACGCUUAUCCUACUACAGCUCAGUCACAGUUCCACACGACAUUCAUCCUACUACAGCAACCUACGACAGGUCAGUCGCAGUACCACACGACACUCAUCCUGCUACAGGUACAUAAAUAAGUCGGUAGAGGAGCUGGAUGAGGAGGUGGAGUAUGACAUCGAUGAAGAGGACUACAUCUGGCUGGACAUCAUGAAUGACAAACGACGUAGUGACGGGGUGACGCCCAUCCCCCAGGAGGUGUUUGAAUACCUCAUGGACCGGCUGGAGAAGGAGUCCUACUUCGAGAGCCACAACAAGAUGGACCCUAGCGCCCUGAUCGAUGAAGAUGCCGUCUGCUGCAUCUGUAACGACGGCGAGUGUCAGAAUAGCAACGUGAUCCUGUUCUGUGACAUGUGUAACCUGGCCGUACACCAGGAGUGUUAUGGUGUGCCCUACAUCCCUGAGGGCCAGUGGCUGUGUCGGCGCUGCCUGCAGUCCCCUAGCCGGGCCGUCGACUGUGCCCUAUGCCCCAACAAGGGUGGAGCUUUCAAACAGACGGAUGACGCACGCUGGGCCCAUGUGGUGUGUGCCCUCUGGAUCCCUGAGGUGUGUUUUGCCAACACUGUCUUCCUGGAGCCCAUCGACAGCAUCGAACACAUCCCCCCGGCGCGAUGGAAGCUCACUUGCUACAUCUGCAAGCAGCGCGGCUCAGGUGCCUGCAUCCAGUGCCACAAGGCCAACUGCUACACAGCCUUCCAUGUCACCUGCGCCCAGCAGGCCGGCCUCUAUAUGAAGAUGGAGCCUGUCAGGGAGACCGGUGCCAACGGCACCUCCUUCAGCGUUCGCAAGACCGCCUAUUGCGACAUCCACACCCCACCCGGCUCUGCACGCCCCAUCGGAGGGGCGGGAGGGACUAGCAUGGGCUCCUCCCACAGCGAGGGCGAGCUGGAGGAGGACGAUGAGCCCAGUAUAGGUCACGAUGACGACUCCAAGGGCUGGAGCUCAGAGCGGGCCAAGAGGGCCAAGGCCAAGUCCAGACUGAAGAUGAAGAGAGCCAGGAAGAUACUGGCUGAGAAGAGGAACGCUACGCCUGUGGUGUCUGUGCCCUGUAUACCCCCACACAGGCUCAGUAAGAUCACCAAUAACCUGACAGUGCCCAGGAAAAGCCAGUUUAUGCAGCGACUGCAUAGCUACUGGACCCUGAAGAGGCAGAGCCGGAAUGGUGUCCCUCUGCUGCGACGGCUCCAGACCCACCUGCAGUCGCAACGCAACACAGAGCAGCUACAUCCACAGCCGCAGGCGCCAGAGUCACAGGUUACCACGGUAACCACCACACCGUCUCUGUCUGGUGGUGUUAUCUCAGCGAGGGACAGUGAGGAGAAUAACUUGGCUCUGAAGGAGCAGCUGAAAGCAUGGCAGAGACUGAGACAUGACCUGGAGAGAGCGAGACUACUGGUGGAGCUCAUCCGCAAGAGAGAGAAACUUAAGAGGGAGACAAUCAAGGUACAGCAGAUGGCACUAGAGAUGCAGCUAACUCCCUUCCUGGUCCUACUGAGGAACACCCUGGAGCAACUACAGGAGAGAGACACCAGCAACUUCUUCACUGAGCCUGUCCCUCUGGCUGAGGUGCCAGACUACCUGGACCACAUCGAGAGGCCUAUGGACUUCCAGACCAUGUGGAAUCUACUUGAGUCUCACUGCUACCUCAGUUUCGAGGCUUUCGAGGCAGACUUUGGCCUCAUUGUCAACAAUUGUCUCAAAUACAACGCCAAGGAAACUGUAUUCUACCGCGCCGCUCUGCGCCUCCGGGAGAUGGGCGGGGCCGUGAUCAGAACCGCCCGCAGACAGGCUGAGCGAAUUGGCUUGGACUAUGACACAGGCAUGCACCUCCCCCGAGAGCCCAGCCAUGACAGCCAGCGUGACAGAGAGCGAGACCGAGAGAGGGAGCGGGAGAGAGAAAGGGACAGGGAGCGAGAACGAGAGAGGGACCGAGACGGAGACAGGCCGCUCUCUUCCAAUGAGGAGGACCUGCUCUUAUCAGAGAACCGGCAACGGCUGCCAUUGGAGGAGCAGCUGUGUUUUUUGCAGGCGCGCUUUGAUGAGGUCAGCUCGGGGAAGCACAGCAUCGGUCGUUCGCGGCGGGCCAAAGCCCUGAGGAAAGAGAUGACGGUCAUCAAGAGGAAACUAGCACACCAGAGAGAGGGGGGUUCGUGCAUGGGGGGCAGGGACUCAGGGGGCAGAGGGGACAGGGGACCAUCCCUUCCCCAUCACCCCUCCUCCACGGGACGCCAUGACGAGGGGGAGGAGAGCAGCAGUCAGGAGAUCAGUGGCAAGGAUCUAAGUGCAUCGUCUUCGGCUCUAGCUCCAGAGGUGGGACGUCGUACCUCCGUCCUCUUCUCCAAGAAGAACCCCAAAAUGUCCGGACCCCCCAAGAGGCCGGGCCGCCCCCCUAAGAACAGAGACGCGGGGGUAAGCCCUAGUCCGAUUGGUCCCCCCCAACUGCCCCUCCUGUCUCCCCCUCGGCAGAGGAAGAGACCCCGCAGCCCUCACAGCAGCUCCAGCUCCGAGAGUGACAGUGACGACCUCCUUCCGAGUCUGCCCACUAACGGUUUUGUUGGGGGCAACCAGCCGGUGACAGAGAGUUUUCGGGUGUACAGGAAUGAGAGGAGCCUCCCUCGAUCCAGCUCUGACUCUGAAUCCACCACUAGCAGCAGCAGCAGCGCUGCCUCUGACAGAACCAGUACCACUCCGUCUAAGCAGGGCCGGGGGAAGCAGUCGUUCCCUCGUUCCGCCUUCCAAGAGGACAGCAGUGAGGAGACAUCAGGGACAGAGAAUGACUCCUACUCUGUGGGAGGGUCACGCAGUGUCUCACACUGGUGGGGCCGGGGCCGAUCAGGUUGUAGGAUGCCAUCAGAUGACUACUCUUCCCUUGAUGCUCUGGACCUGGUGUGGGCCAAGUGUAGAGGCUACCCUUCAUACCCUGCUCUGAUCAUAGAUCCUAAGAUGCCCAGGGAGGGGGUAUUCCACCGAGGGGUCCCCAUCCCCGUGCCCCCCCUGGAAGUCCUGAAGCUGGGGGAACAGAUGACCCAGGAGGCCCGGGAACACCUCUUCCUGGUUCUCUUCUUCGACAACAAGAGAACCUGGCAGUGGCUGCCGCGCUCUAAGCUUGUUCCUCUGGGGGUGGACCAGGAGCUGGACAAGGAGAAGAUGCUUGAGGGAAGGAAGUCCAACAUCCGCAAGUCAGUGCAGGUGGCCUACCACCGUGCCAUGCAGCACCGCAACAAGGUCCAGGGAGACCCCAGCAGUGACACCAGUGACAGCGACUGAGCACACACACGUCUUUGCUGGUCUCCCGUUGUAUUGAUAGGGUAUUAUUUUCAGGUCUGUGUGUUGAUUGAUAUACCCUGUGGCCUUGGAGAGCCAUACCCCAGCACACAGUAGAAUCAGUGUGCCGGUGUAACCUAUUGGAAAGCACAUGCAACAUUCUCUCUCUCUCUCUCUCUCUCGUUCGUUCGUACAUACGUACGUACGUACUUUGUUGACACACACAGUGGUAUUUAAUCUGAGAUGUAAAAUAUGUAUUUAAGAGAAUUGAAACAAAAAGGGUAUUAAGAGGAUGGAAGACAAUGCUAUGCCCAGAAUCAUGAUGGAAAAUUGUCCUUGUAUGUGGUUGAUAUGAGUGUUUACCAGCUCAAAUAUGCGCAUACACACUUGUAUACAGUCAGGUCCAAAGUGAUUGCCACCCUUGAUAAAGAUUAGCAAAAAAGACUGUAUAAAAUAAAUAAUACAAAUACUCUGCUAUAUUGAAUGCAAAAAUUGUAAUUUUAUACUAAUACAAUUCCUCAGAGAAAGAGAUUUUGAUGGUGGGGGGUAAAAAGUAUUGGCACCCCUAUUUUCAAUUCCUGACCUUAUGAGGAUAAUGGCACUGAGCCUUUAGAAAAAGUGUUUUAUGAGAUUGAAGAACACAUUGGGAGAGAUCUUAUUUUAUGUUCAAUUGACAUAUUCUUUGUGGCUUUUGAUGUGUGCUUGGGGUUAUUGUCUUGCUGGAAGAUUCACUUGCGGCCAAGUUUCAGCCUCCAGAGGCAACCAGGUUUUUGGCUAAAAUGUCCUAGUACUGGGUAAAUUUGACCGUAACAAGGGCCCCAGGACCAGUGGAAGCAAAAUCGCCCCAUACAUUCGAAGAUCCACCACCAUAUUUGACAGUAGGUAUGGGGUUCUAUUUUACUCAUCUUUGUCAAGGGUGCCAAUCAUUUUGAACCUGACUACAUUCAAACAGGGAAAUGCAUACACACUCACACAAAGCUCUUCUCAUAGGAAAAUAUACACAUCCACACACCCCAUUGUGUGCACUUAUGGAUGGUUUGACAGUACCACUGGUCCAGCAACCCCACUGCCGCCGCCCCCUCUUACCCCAUGUCCAAUCACGGCCCAAUGGAGCAUGGGGUUGGAUGGCAUGGCCAAUCAACUGAGCAAAGCAUCUUCCUGCUAUUUAUUCCGUCUCCCAAGGACCUCCAGUCUUCUCUCCACUAGUCUAACUGACCGUCUUCACAACAUUGCAUUGUGCAGUCGUUUCCUCUACUCUUCCGUAUAUAUAUUUUUUUGUUGCCUCUGUUUACAUCUCUUUUUGUUCUUGUCUGUUGUACAAUUCUGGCUGCUGGUGAAUGAGGACUAAUGUGGAUAUGAUAAAACACGCCAGCCUCACUGUCUGUUCUAGUCUCAGGCCAAUGGCUUUAGAACUUUUAUAUAUACAGAUUACAUAAGAUAGAAGUUUAAUAAAAUAAUUGAGUUUUGUA